GGGAGACCCAUAGACACAUAGACACGGGAGAGACAGAGGAGGAGAGAGACAGAGACAAAGGCACAGCAGAAGGAGGCAGAGACAGGGCAGGCACAGAGGUGAAGCCAGACAGAGUCGUCAAGUGGGAGAGGCCAGAGAAGCUGCAGAAGAUCCAGGCAGGCAGAGACAAAGAUCCAGGACAGGCAGGCGCGGGAGGAGAAUUUGGAGGAGCCAGACGACUGGGGAUCUCCCUUAAGCCUAGGAGCCAAGUUUUCUCCAGCUCCUCUGGAGGUCCCCAGCCCCUUUGAAAACUCUGCCUCUCAUCUGGCACGAGUCCGAGCCCCCAGGCUGCAGAGAGGAGCUUUCCCAAGCCAGGGCAUGGAGGGCUUGAUGCCCCAGACAGCCUCCCUCCCUCCCAGCUGUAGCACCAGUGCCAUGUCCCGGACCGGCCCGUGUCCCGGGAGGGGCUUGGCAGAGGGCUGGCUGUGGGGAGUCCAACUCCGCCCGCUGCUCUCCACUGUGCCCUUCUCCGGGCUGGUGUGGCUGCUUCUGCUGCUGCUGGCUUCCCUCCUGCCCUCGGCCCAGCCAGCCAGCCCCCUCCCCCGGGAAGAGGAGAUCGUAUUUCCAGAGAAGCUCAACGGCAGCAUCCUGCCUGGCUUAGGCACCCCUGCCAGGCUGUUUUACCACCUGCCAGCCUUUGGGGAGACGCUGCUACUAGAGCUGGAGCAGGACCCCGGCGUGCGGGUUGAGGGGCUGACGGUGCAGUACCUGGGCAAGGCGCCGGAGCUACUGGGCGGGGCCGAGCCAGGCACCUACCUGACGGGCACCAUCAAUGGAGAUCCGGAGUCGGUGGCAUCUCUGCACUGGGAUGGGGGAGCCCUAUUAGGGGUGCUGCAGUAUCAGGGGGCCGAACUCCACCUCCAGCCCCUGGAGGGGGGCACUCCAAACUCUGCUGUGGGGCCUGGGGCUCACAUCCUACGGCGGAAGAGCCCCGCCAGCGACCAAGGCCCCAUGUGCAACGUCAAGGCUCCCCCAGGGCGUCCCAGCCCCAGUCCCAGCCCCCGAAGAGCCAAGCGCUUUGCUUCAGUGAGUCGAUUCGUGGAGACCUUGGUGGUAGCAGAUGACAAGAUGGCGGCUUUUCACGGCGCCGGGCUAAAGCGCUACCUGCUGACUGUUAUGGCAGCGGCAGCCAAGGCUUUCAAGCACCCAAGCAUCCGUAACCCUGUCAGCUUGGUGGUGACUCGGCUGGUGAUCCUGGGGCCAGGCAAGGAAGGGCCCCAGGUGGGGCCCAGUGCCGCCCAGACCCUGCGCAGCUUCUGUGCCUGGCAGCGGGGCCUCAAUACCCCUGAGGAUUCAGACCCUGACCACUUCGACACAGCCAUUCUGUUCACCCGUCAGGAUCUGUGUGGGGUCUCCACUUGUGACACUCUGGGCAUGGCAGAUGUAGGCACUGUGUGUGACCCGGCUCGGAGCUGCGCCAUCGUAGAGGAUGAUGGGCUCCAGUCGGCCUUUACUGCUGCCCAUGAACUGGGCCAUGUCUUCAACAUGCUGCACGACAACUCAAAGCCCUGCGUGGAUCUGAAUGGGCCUGGGAGCAGCUCCCGCCAUGUCAUGGCUCCUGUGAUGGCUCAUGUGGACCCUGAAGAGCCCUGGUCCCCUUGCAGUGCUCGCUUCAUUACUGACUUCCUGGACAAUGGCUAUGGGCACUGUCUCCUAGACAAACCAGAGGCUCCUCUGCAUCUGCCUGUGACCUUCCCUGGCAAGGACUAUGAUGCCGACCGUCAGUGCCAGCUGACCUUUGGGCCCGACUCACGCCAUUGCCCGCAGCUGCCGCCACCCUGUGCUGCCCUCUGGUGCUCUGGUCACCUCAAUGGCCACGCCAUGUGCCAGACCAAGCACUCACCCUGGGCUGAUGGCACCCCCUGCGGGCCGAACCAGGCCUGCAUGGGUGGCCGCUGCCUGCACAUCGACCAGCUCCAAGACUUCAACAUCCCCCAGGCUGGUGGCUGGGGUCCCUGGGGGCCGUGGGGCGACUGCUCUCGGAGCUGUGGGGGUGGCGUUCAGUUCUCCUCCCGGGACUGCACGCGGCCCAUCCCUCGGAAUGGUGGCAAGUAUUGUGAGGGCCGCCGCACCCGCUUCCGUUCCUGCAACACCCAGGACUGCCCAACAGGCUCAACGUUGACCUUCCGCGAGGAGCAGUGUGCUGCCUACAACCACCGCACUGACCUCUUCAAGAACUUCCCGGGGCCCAUGGACUGGGUCCCCCGCUAUACGGGUGUGGCCCCUCGGGACCAGUGCAAGCUCACCUGCCAGGCCCGGGCACUGGGCUACUACUACGUUCUGGAGCCACGGGUGGUAGACGGGACCCCUUGUUCCCCAGACAGCUCCUCCAUCUGUGUCCAGGGCCGCUGCAUCCAUGCCGGUUGUGACCACGUUAUUGGCUCCAAAAAAAAGUUUGACAAGUGCAUGGUGUGCGGUGGGGAUGGCUCUGGCUGCAGCAAGCAGUCUGGCUCCUUCAGAAAAUUCAGGUAUGGCUACAACGAUGUGGUCACUAUCCCCGCGGGGGCCACCCACAUCCUUGUCCGGCAGCAGGGGACUCCUGGCCCCCGGAGCAUCUACCUGGCCCUGAAGCUCCCAGAUGGCUCCUAUGCCCUCAAUGGUGAAUACACACUGAUGCCCUCCCCAACAGACGUGGUACUGCCCGGGGCAGCCAACUUGCGCUACAGUGGGGCCACUGCAGCCUCAGAGACACUGUCGGGCCAUGGGCCACUGGCCCAGCCCUUGACUCUGCAGGCCCUGGUGGCUGGUGACCCCCAGAACGCACGCCUCCGCUACAGCUUCUUUGUGCCCCGGCCCGCACCGUCAGUGCCACGCUCCACUCCCCAGGACUGGCUGCACCGCAAGGCACAGAUCCUGGAGAUCCUCCGGCGGCGCUCCUGGGCAGGCAGGAAAUAACCUCACCAACCCGGCUGCCCUUUCUGGGCACCGGGGCCUCGGAUUUAUCUGGGAGAAAGUGGGGGCUUCUGCAGCUGCCUCAUGCUAAGACACAGUGGGGAGAGGGGGAGCUCGAAGGUGAAACCUGCCCCUCCUCCCUGUCCUAAUCUGCAGGCUGGCCCUGCCCUGGUUUCCUGCCCUGGGAGGCAGUGAAGAGUUGGUGGAUCCAAGGGGGCUGGGAGGUGGUCCCCUAUCUAAACUGCCCCUUCUGCCCUGCUGGUCACAGGAGGGAGGGGGAAGGCAGGGUGGGCCCCAGUUGUAUUUAUUUGGUAUUUAUUCACUUUUCUUUAGCACCAGGGAAGGGGAUGAGGUCUUGGGCCCUGGGGAAACUGACCCCCACCCCUCAUAGCCCUCACCCUGGCUAGGACAUCCAGGGUGGUGGUGAUUGGCUUAAGUGAUUGAGAGUGUGUGUGUGUGAGAGGGUGUGUGUGUGAGAGAGAGUGUGUGUGUACAUGUGUUCUUACGUAUGAGGUACAUCCUGCCUGGUUUUCCUCUCCCUGAAUUUUAUUUUCUGGGAAAGGAAGAGUCAAGGGUAGGAUGGACCUUCAGGGAGCAAGGGUUAUUAAUUGUCAUAUUUUAAAAAUAUAAAUUGAAUUGUGUUAUUUAUGUGCUCCUUUUGGAGUCAGACAGCUGUGGGUUGCACCCUGGCUCCACAUCUCUUAAGUGUUAGUUUCCUCAUGUGCCAAUAAUAAUACCUCCCUUGGAAAUUUGUUUUGAGGAUUUUGAGGAUUGAAUAAUGUAAAUAAAGAACUAGCACAAUG